CGUCGGUCGUGCCAAUUCGCACGAGCGGAGAAAACUGGCCAGAACUAACGGUUCUUGCCGACGGCACAUAACGGUAGCUAACAGUGUUGCGUGGGUCGCAAACAAACUAUUAAUUUCACAAAACCCGGCCUAGUCACGCCCAAUCGAAAAGAUCAACAAACCACCAAGCACUGAAAACUAAGCACUCAAAACUUAGCACUGAAACUGAGUAGUGAAUAUCGAAAACCGAAUGCUGAGUAUGGAGAUUUUAGGCAAAAUGCGUGCAAUUAUUCAACGCAUGACAACCAAUUAAUUGGCCAAAGAGAGCGAGAGCACUCGAGACCCGCGGCAACAAGUCGAUAUAGCUAUAGCUUUUGAAAAUAUAUAGCUAUCUGGUGAGCCGGUUAACGCCAGCAAGUGCAUCGGAAAACCAGCAACAAACAAAAACUUGACCGAUUUUCCAAGCGAUUCGGUGACGGCCUCUCGCUAAUCUCGCCCAGAAAACUCAGAUCACAAACGCCAUCGACAUCGCGAUGAUUUAUGCAGCUAUUUCCUGCAGCUUAUGUGCAAUAUCCUGCGGGACUCGCAAAUAACUACCAUCAAAAUGUUGCUAUCGCACUUGUUUGGCAUGUAAACCGCGGGUCGUGUAAACCCGACAAAGCACUCCACGAUUCGACUAUUAGGGGCACAUACACUGACACUGUCACCCCGGAACGCAGUUGUUCUGCAUGGAGACAACCUGCGGGUGCCGGGGCCCACGAGACGCACAGGAAUCCACUAAAGCGACCGCAUCGGCAACGGCAAAGGGAUCGCUUUUGGUCCAAAACACGGCCAUCAUCAGCGGCAGUGGCCACCGGUUGCCAGGAACAACCGCAGCUUCAACAUCGCCAGCCACAUCAACAACAUGGCCAUAAAGCAACAGCUCUGUAAUUCAUGGUUACAACUACCCAACGAACUGCUGAUAUUGGUGGUGAACUCAGAUACACACCCAUCUCAAAAGUACCGCCAUGAAUGAAACGGAGUGCGAGGAUCUCAUUAAAUCUGUGAAAUGGACGGAACCAGCCAAUCUGAUCUCCCUGGCCGUACUCGAGUUCAUCAACGUUCUGGUCAUCGGUGGCAACUGCCUCGUGAUUGCCGCCGUCUUCUGUUCGAAUAAGUUGCGGAGUGUGACGAACUUCUUCAUUGUCAACCUGGCUGUGGCCGACCUUCUGGUGGGUUUGGCCGUCCUACCCUUCUCCGCCACCUGGGAGGUCUUCAAGGUUUGGAUAUUCGGCGAUCUCUGGUGCCGCAUUUGGCUGGCUGUCGAUGUCUGGAUGUGCACGGCAUCGAUCCUGAAUCUGUGUGCCAUAUCACUGGACCGCUAUGUGGCGGUCACGCGACCCGUCACCUACCCGAGCAUAAUGUCCACGAAGAAGGCCAAGUCCUUAAUCGCCGGCAUUUGGGUACUCUCAUUUUUUAUUUGCUUUCCGCCGCUAGUCGGCUGGAAGGAUCAAAAGGCGGUUAUACAGCCGACCUAUCCAAAGGGAAACCAUACGCUUUACUACACCACCACGAUGUCAAGCUCGGAGGAUGGUCAACUAGGGUUAGAUAGCAUUAAGGACCAGGGCGAGGCCUCCUUGCCUCCAUCCCCGCCGCAUAUCGGCAACGGCAACGCCUACAAUCCCUACGAUCCCGAUUUCGCCCCCAUCGAUGGAUCCGCGGAGAUUCGGAUUGCGGCCAUUGACUCGACCAGUACUUCAACCACCGCAACCAGCACGACGACAGGGUCCAGUUCGAGCACCACGGAAUCGGAAAUGGACCUCGAUCUGCUGAACGCACCGCCGCAGAACAGACCCCAGACCAUUUCCGGCAGCUGUCCGUGGAAGUGCGAGCUGACCAACGAUCGGGGUUAUGUCCUGUACUCCGCCCUGGGCUCCUUCUACAUACCCAUGUUCGUGAUGCUCUUCUUCUACUGGCGCAUCUACCGGGCUGCCGUGAGAACCACGAGGGCCAUCAACCAGGGCUUCAAGACCACCAAGGGCAGUCCCCGCGAGUCGGGCAACAAUCGAGUGGACGAGUCCCAGCUCAUAUUGCGCAUCCACCGAGGACGACCUUGCUCCACCCCCCAGCGCACACCUCUCUCGGUGCACUCAAUGUCCUCGACUCUCAGCGUGAACAGCAACGGGGGCGGGGGUGGAGCCGUAGCCUCGGGACUGGGUGCCUCCACAGAGGAUCAUCUUCAGGGAGGCGCCCCCAAGCGGGCCACUUCGAUGCGCGUCUGCCGCCAGCGACACGAGAAGGUGGCCAUCAAGGUGUCCUUUCCCUCCUCCGAGAAUGUCCUCGACGCAGGACAGCAGCCACAGGCGUCGCCACACUACGCGGUAAUCAGCAGCGCCAACGGACGACGUGCCUCCUUCAAGACGAGCCUCUUCGACAUUGGCGAGACCACCUUUAAUUUGGACGCAGCUGCGUCCGGUCCCGGAGACCUAGAGACCGGACUUUCGACCACCUCGCUGUCGGCCAAGAAGCGGGCAGGCAAGCGCAGCGCCAAGUUCCAGGUGAAGCGCUUUCGAAUGGAGACCAAGGCAGCCAAGACGCUGGCCAUCAUUGUGGGCGGCUUCAUCGUGUGCUGGCUGCCCUUCUUCACGAUGUAUCUGAUCCGGGCCUUCUGCGACCACUGCAUCCAGCCGACGGUCUUCUCGGUGCUCUUCUGGCUGGGCUACUGCAACUCGGCCAUCAAUCCGAUGAUCUAUGCGCUCUUCUCGAAUGAGUUUCGCAUCGCCUUCAAGCGGAUAGUGUGCAGAUGCGUCUGCACCCGCAGUGGCUUCCGGGCGUCGGAGAAUUUCCAGAUGAUAGCGGCGCGUGCCCUGAUGGCACCGGCAACAUUCCACAAGACCAUAUCCGGAUGCUCGGACGACGGUGAGGGCGUGGACUUCAGCUGACUAAUCGGCAGCUAUGAGCCGAGUCCGCUGCAAAGAAGCUCCUCCCUGCCGCAGGAGGCGGAGUGCUCCGCAUCCGUGUCGGGAUCGGGACGGCGAAUCCGGCGGGGAGGAUUCUGCAAGGGACGCGUCCUCUAAUGCAUUUUGCUCUUUUGAUACUUUUGUAAGCUCCGCCAGACGCAGAGGCAGACGCAGUGCAUCCCACUUCUCAAAACUGUCAGUAUUCGCAUUGAACGACGUUGUAACUGUAUGGCAAUAAUUUUCAUGUAUUUACCUAGACCUAAGGCUACGUUUAACUAUAUAGUACUAUACCUACCACAUGAGAUACAGAUACAGCAUUAUGAGAUACGUAGAUUAGACUUAAGCAGACCAUUGUUUUCAGUUCCGAUGUGUAUGUACAUGUAUUAGUCGCUGAGGACACUCAUUCGCAUAAGUUAAUCCAGAUAUUAUAUAUUGAAUGUAUAUGUAUGUGUGUAUCGCAGCAGGGUAAGUCGGCUGCGUUUUCAAUAAAAGUAAAAUCGAACAAAACAAAGCGAAAACCAAUCAGAGUAAGCACAAAAGAUAAAAACAAGUGCCGACCACGAAGACAGAAAUUGGCAAAUACCAACGGGCAACUCACAGGUAUUCGUUGACAUAAGGUCAACAUUCCGUGGCAUGAAACAAGUACAACAAAACAAGCCUAGCCAAACCGACAAUCUUAUACCCUUUCAGUUACUUAGUUUCUUUAUUUCUGGAUACGUAUAGGUCACGAUAUACUAGCUUUACUAACUUUAGUUUUCCACGUCAUUGAAAAAUUUAACCCGGGAACGUCUUAGUCCUGGAAAAAGUUGGAAGUUUAAAUUUGUUUGUCGGACACCUUGAUUUCCUAAACAUUCUUGCCAAACUUUAUAUUAAAGUAGCAAACAAAUAAUUAUCCCUAUCAGCCAGAAAAUUAAAAUUCUGGAGAAGUAACAUAAACUUCCGAGAAUCCCGGCUCAUCCCAACUAAGGUUGUUUACUUCAUUGUUGGAUUUUCGUAUCCCCCUUAAUAGCAAUCCAAUUGAAUGGGACUUUCUUUGCCGGUCACUCCCACUCAAGUUGGCUGCCUCCAAUCCGCAUGGUCUACUGCCCAUCCGAGUGUCCAUAAACUUGGAGCAGACUUAAAGCCCUCGAGUGUUUCUUUGACAAUAAGCCAGCUUUUAAUGCCGCAAACGGAGACGCAACAGUGCCAGUAAUGGCCCGGCUGAAAUAUUGCAUUAUUGCGCCGAUUAUUCAUUACUCGUCGCGGGUUGAGUGGAGCCGAGUAAUGAAAAUGUAUUCAGCAGUUAAACGUGCGUAUGAGUAAUAAAUGCAAAGCAAGGCGGAGGCAGUCAACAUAUGCGCCGGAUGAGCGAGCGGGAAAGCAAGAAAGCGAGGAUUAUGCAAAUGGUUGUGUUAAUGAAAUAAAGUUCGCUUUGAAGGCGGCUUAAAGGCGACUACACUCCAUGCCAAAAACAUACAGAUUGGCGGAGGGGAGUGGAUGGGGAGAAACACCGAAACGAGGACUACGACAACGUCGAGUGCUUGUCGCGUUUAUGGCGCAACAUUUGCAUAAUUACGCGUUUAAUUUGCUAAAGUGCAGGCAGGCUGGCGAGCUCUUUUCCAGUGGGCCAAAAGCCGUGAAGUUGGCAACGAAUUCCGAGCGCGUGCACCAGGGCGUAUGAGCGAUAUUCAACAGAAGUGGGAGAGAUGGGCAGGGGAAUGGGGGCCAAUAUACAACACCACCGAAAUGUAAUACUGCGUGUACUGAUAUGUUCUUUGCCUUCCUCCUUGACCAGGUUCCAAGGGCAUCGGUUCGCGCUUCGAGGAGCAACGCCUCACAUUGCGCAUCCAUCGAGGGCGAGGAUCUAACCAGCAGGACUCUA